ACGACGCUUUCUUCGUCUCUUCUCCCAUCGAAAGUUCCUCUGCGUCUCUCCGCCGUCAUCGUCUCCGUCGAGAAUCUGAGAUCUCUGAUUUCCGAUCACCGAAUAUGCAUUCGAGUCAUAUUCUUCUCGAGGAGCCCAUCAGGAUGGCUUCGAUUCUCGAGCCUUCCAAAUCAUCUUUCUUUCCAGCAAUGACUAAGAUUGUGGGGACUCUCGGACCGAAAUCCCGAUCCGUCGAGGUUAUUUCUGGCUGUCUCAAAGCUGGGAUGUCAGUGGCUCGAUUUGAUUUCUCUUGGGGCGACGCGGAUUAUCAUCAGGAGACGCUGGAGAAUCUGAAGAUAGCUGUGAAGAGCACUAAGAAGCUUUGUGCUGUUAUGCUUGACACGGUGGGACCUGAAUUGCAAGUCAUUAACAAGACUGAGAAAUCUAUUUCGCUUAAAGCGGAUGGUCUCGUAGUUCUGACACCAAAUAAAGAUCAAGAAGCCUCCUCUGAAGUCCUUCCUAUAAAUUUUGAUGGGCUAGCCAAGGCAGUUAAGAAGGGAGACACUAUCUUUGUCGGGCAGUACCUCUUCACUGGUAGUGAAACAACCUCUGUUUGGCUUGAGGUUGAUGAGGUCAAAGGAGAUGAUGUCAUUUGUGUGGCAAAGAACUCUGCUACUCUAGCUGGUUCAUUGUUCACUUUGCAUGCCUCUCAAGUUCACAUUGAUCUGCCAACCCUCACUGAGAAGGAUAAGGAGGUUAUAAGCACAUGGGGAGUUCAAAACAAAAUUGAUUUUCUCUCACUGUCUUAUACUCGACAUGCCCAAGAUGUUCGCCAGGCUCGUGAAUUGCUUUCCAAGUUGGGUGACCUCUCUCAAACUCAAAUUUUUGCAAAGCUUGAAAAUGUUGAGGGGCUGACCCAUUUUGACGAGAUUAUACAAGAAGCUGAUGGCAUUAUUCUCUCUCGUGGGAAUCUGGGUAUAGAUCUGCCGCCAGAAAAGGUGUUCUUGUUUCAAAAAGCUGCACUUCACAAAUGUAACAUGGCUGGAAAGCCAGCUGUUGUCACUCGUGUUGUAGACAGUAUGACCGACAACCUGAGACCAACUCGUGCAGAGGCAACAGAUAUCGCUAAUGCUGUUUUAGAUGGAAGUGAUGCAAUUCUUCUUGGUGCUGAGACCCUUCGUGGGCUGUACCCUGUUGAGACGAUUUCAACUGUUGGUAAAAUCUGUGCUGAGGCCGAGAAGGUUUUCAAUCAAGAUGUGUAUUUCAAGAAGACUGUCAAGUUUGUCGGAGAACCAAUGACUCACUUGGAAUCUAUUGCUUCUUCUGCUGUACGGGCAGCCAUUAAGGUUAAAGCUUCUGUUAUUAUAUGUUUCACCUCUUCAGGAAGAGCAGCGAGGUUGAUUGCCAAAUAUCGGCCAACAAUGCCGGUUCUGUCGGUUGUCAUUCCCAGGGUCAAGACUAAUCAGCUCAAGUGGAGCUUUACCGGAGCCUUUGAGGCUAGACAGUCACUUAUUGUCCGAGGCCUCUUCCCCAUGCUCGCUGACCCUCGUCACCCCGCGGAAUCAACGAGCGCGACAAAUGAGUCGGUAUUGAGGGUGGCGCUCGACCACGGGAAGAAAGCCGGAGUGAUAAAGUCCCAUGACAGAGUCGUUGUCUGUCAGAAAGUGGGUGAUGCCUCCGUGGUCAAGAUCAUCGAGCUCGAAGAUUAGAUCCAACCUCUCUGCCUCUCUCUCUCGCUGCAUUACUCUUCUCUCUCUCUCCCUACAAAAAGAAAAACAAUUGUGAUUUUUUUGCUACACCGGCGAGAAAUGUCGGAAGAAAGCCGGAGUAAAACAUACAUCUCCGGGACUUGGUUCUUGUAUUUAGGAUAUUGAUGUUCGGGCGUUUGCUAACGCAGAUUUUUUCUGGGCGGGAGUUAAGAUUUAAGUCUUUUGUUCUAUCUUGUCGAGUUUUCACGAGGAAAAUAGUCGGUUUCUGUUAU